AUGCUUGCAGUUAUAUCCUGCUAUUUUCCUUCGGUUUAUGAAACUGAAAGUUAUAAUUUUGUGGCUUUUUCAUAUAAUAUCGACUUUAGUAAUUUUACAUAAGUUUCAUGCAAUUCGUUUGGAUUAUGGAGUAAAUAUAAUCCACUUGGCAAUACUAUAUAAAUUGGAAAUGAAGGGAUGCUAGAUAGAAAUUGUUAUCAUUUAUUUAGUGUAUCAGAAUAAACAAAUAAAGAGACCAAUAUGUUACUUUAUGAGUGUUUGGACAAUAAAUAAUAAUCCAUAAAAAAGGUUUUUAAUUUUAUUGAUUAAGAUGGUAGCAUUUAUAAAUUCGAAAUACCAAUUAAUUAAGAUAAAUAUGAAUCGAUAUGGUACUAUUUCAAUUUUAUGAUAUCACCUAAAGACUCCAAAUUUCAAUUUAUCCUAUAUUCUAUAUCAGAGAAUGAUUUGAAGUAUUAUCAAGAAGUUGAUGUUGAGUUUCCAUUUAAAGAUAAAAAUUUGAACUUUCUUAUUGGAGGAAACUUAGUUGUAAACAGUUAAUCAGCUUUUUAUUCCGAAGAAACUUCAAGACUUUCAUUUUUUCCAGGAAAAUUUUAAUACUCUAAAACAUACUUUAUGAAUACAUGUGAUGUACCUUAUUUGAUAGGUGAAGUGUCAAAAUAUAAAAAUUUAUGCUCUUGCUUCAUAUAUGAUUUUAAAUUGUAAUCUCGGAUUUAUAUAAAAGGUUUAGAUUUACAAUAUUUUAUUUCUAAUUAUGUAAAUUGUAACACAUUCGAAUUAUAAGGUUGGAUUAAACUAACUGAUAUCAAUAAUAAUAAAAAACCAAUUCUAUAUUAAUUAAUUAAGCUUAACGCAAACUCUAAGAAUCCUUAUCUUAUCAAUGAAAAAUUAUCAGCAUUUUAAUUGUUUUAUAAAUUAUCUGAAUCUCAAAAUUAAUUGAUUAUAACAACAUAUAGUUUUACAUUUCCAUCAGUAAAUAUUAAAUCCACUGAUUUAAUAACCAAAGAAUUUGACUUGAAUCAUAAUAUUUCAAUAUGGCAUUAUUUAAUAGCCUAUUUAACUGAUACUUCAUUUAAUGUUGAAAUUAUAUUUUCUGAAGGCAAUUAAAGAUAUAAAUAUACUUUUCAGUGUUUAGUAAAUUAAUUUCAAGAAGUUAAAUUUUAAAUGCAAUAUGGCAAUUUAUUAUAAUGUUUAGAUUGUCUAAAUGUUGAAAUUACGAAUUUAAAAUUUAAUAAUUGUGCCGAAUAAAUUACUUUAGAAAAUUAUUGUCAUAAUAAUUGCAAUUAAUGUGAUGGACCAACAGAAUCAGAUUGUUUAUCAUGUAAUGAAUCAUAAAAUCGAAUAUUUAUACAAGAAUAUAAAUCAUGCAUUUGCCCUUAUGGUACUAUUGAUUUAGGAGGUUAAUGUUAUGAUUAUUAAAUUGAUUAAUUCAACCUUGGAGAUUAUAUUUUUAAAGGUACAUAAUGUUCUUAUGGUUAUUUUGAAUUUGAUGAUAAUUGUUUUAGAUGGUAAAUUUUGAUAUGAUUUAGCCCUUCAAUUAUAAAUGAAAUUACAAUAACAUGCAUAGAAUGCUUAAUUAAUCCAAAAGAAUGGAUAAAUGAUGCUUAUUGUGAAUACGAAUAUAUUGCUAAUAAUGCUUAGAGUCCAUUCAAAUUAAAGUAGAAAGAGAUUAAAGAUAUUUAUUUAUUUGAUGGAAUUGACUUACAAUUAUGUGAAAGUUGUUAAAAUUCAAAUAGCAUAUUCGCAGAUUUUACUUCAAUGGGUCUAUUUUUCAAGAACUUUUGUUAAACAAUAGAUUCUUAAGAAUUAUUAGAAAAGUGUUAUAAAACCAUUUAUGAAAAUUGUUAUAUUUUAUUUUUAUAACAGUAAGGACCAUUUUGUAAGUGUUUUGACGAUUCAUACGUGUUUGAAUAAAAUAAAUGUAGACGCAUUCAAAAUUUUUUAAAACGAUAAUUUUGCGAAACUCCAUUUUAUCUUACUUAUAGAUAAUAAUGUGUAUUGUGUUCUAUUAAAAAUUGUAUUUAAUGUUUUGAAUAUAAUACAUAAGAAUUGUCAUAGAAUACUCUAUCAGAAUCUAAAAUUGUUUAUGAAAGUGAUAACCAGUUUGAAAUAGGAUGUGCAUUAUGUAAAGAUGGAUUUAUGUAUGAUUUUACAAUUAAAGAAUGUAUAUAUAGAAGACCGUAAAUUUAGAAUUGUCUUGCAUCAUACAUUAAUAUUCAAGGUUAAGAAAUCUGCACAUUAUCUUCGUCAGAAGAUUUUAUUAUUGCUCGAACAAUAAUAAAUUGUUAAAAAUAUAUUUAAAAUUGUGAAUAGUGCUAACUAAACUAUUAGUAAACUAUUAAAUGUAUUAUAUGUGAAGAUGGAUACACUGUUUUUGUUUAUUCUGGUCUUUGCUCAAAUGUACCGUAGAAAAUAAAUGCUUUAAAAUUAUUUACUUGUAGUCCUAAUAAUUAAGAUUCUGGUCUAAUCAAAACAUAAGCAUUUGCUGAAUCAUUUUGGAAUUCAAAAUUAAGUCGUAUGUUUAGCACUGGCACUUCAAUAUGUAUCAUAGAAUGUUUAGAUGGGUACAAAUUGUACUAAAAUGAUUGCCUCAAAUAUUGUGAUUCAAAUUGUUAAGAAUGUAAAUUGAGCUAAAUAAGUCCAAUGGUUUAUAAAUAUUAAUGUUUUCUAUGUUCCUUAAACUAUUAUAAGUAGCCUAUGAGAAUUUCUGAAAAUGGUAAAUGUUUUUAAUGUCCAAAUUUAUGUAUUAUAUGCCAAUAAAGAUCAACCUAUCAAAUAUAAUAAAUAAAUAAGUAUUUCUAAAUAACAGAAGAAAAUACGAUAUUAACAAAAAUAUGUCUAAAAAGCAUCUCAUUAACAAAUGUCAAACUUGAUCCAUAUUUAAAAAUUGCUAGAUACUGUUAUAAUAAUUAAUGUGAUUAAUUUAUUGAAAAACAAGUAAAUUAUUUAUAUUAAAUUUAGAUUUAAUUAAAUUGCAUCUACAAUUUAUUUAAACUUGGCGAUGAUAUAUCGAAAUAAUUUAUUGAAUAUAGCAAACAAAUUGCAAUUAAAUUUCUUGCUUUUACUAUUACUCUAAUUUAAAAUACAGAAUGUGAAUAUGAAUAGGAUUUAACCAAUUUUUUUAAAGAGGAUAUAUUUUCUCUUCAAAUUAUACACUUGAAGCUCAAAGGGGUUUUUAUUAAUAAUAAGUAAAAUUUAACAUUUGAUAUUUAAAACUUUGAAUUAAUUGAAUUUAAUAGUCUAGAAAUAUUUUUAUAAAGUGAUUUAUAAAUUAAUAUCUAAAAUAGAGAUACUAAUUUAAGUUUUAAAUUAAUUGAUACUAAUUUAUCAACCAUAUAAGAAAACCCAAUUUAGAUAUCAAUUGUAGCAAAAAACUGCGUUUACUUUUUAUUUUAAAACUUAAUAAUUUAGAAUAUUAGAAUAAAAUAUUCUAAUGUAUUUCAAAUAAAUUAUGAUACAAAUUCAAAUCAAACAUCUUUAAAAUAUUUAUAAAUGUAUAAUUGUAAGUUACAAAAUUCAAUUCUAUUUAAUUUUUUAAAUAUUUAAUAGAAUAUUCUAAUUGAAUAAGUUAUUAUAGAUAGAUGUUAAUUUGAAGACUCAUCUAUAUUCAAUUUCAUUUCAUACUAAAAUAAGACAAUUCGUGUUAUAAUUAAUAAAGUUACAAUAAAAAAUUCAUUAUUUAAAAAUUCAAGCUUCAUUUAAAAUAAUGAUAAUAAUAAUUUAUUUAUAGAUUCCUUUUUAAUUUUAGAUAAUUAAUUUUAGGAUUCAAAAUUAAUAAGUUUAAAUGAAAGAGUUAUAGCAUAUGAUUUUUAGUUGAAUUCUAAUAAAUUUGUUUAAUCAGUAUUAUUUACUUUAAGAGAACCAAAAAGAGUAGAAAUUGAUUUGGUAAUGGCUUCUUAAAAUUAAUUCUAGAAUUUUAUAGUGAUAAAUUCAGAUUUUCAGUAAACCUCUUAAUAAAAUUAAAUAAGUCUUUCAAAUAUUAAAUUUUAAGAUAAUAUUCAUUCUAAUGAUGUUUAAGGAUAUCUAUUUAUAGUCAUUUUCCCUUUCAUUUAAAUUAGUAAUGUUUAAAUUAAAAAUACUUUUAAUCAAAGAUACUUUUAUUUAUUAAAUACUUAAUAAGUUAUAAUUAAGAACAUUACUUAUGAAAAUGAUAAGCAAGAUCUAAAAGUUCCAUCAUCAUUAGAUUGUUUAACAAAUGUUCUAAUAAAUUCAUAGUUGAUAUAAAUUAAUGAAUUUUAAGACCUCUUAAUAGAAAAUGUUAUUAUUUAGAAUUAAAAAACACUUGAUGUAUCACUUAUUGAUAUUUUGUAAACCACUUUAUAAAUUAAUAAUUAAACUUAAACAAUCAAAAUAAGCAAUGUAUAAUUUGUUGGAAAUAUUUUAUUAAAAGCUGGUUUAGGAAAUUUAUUUUCACUUCUAACAAUUUAUUCAGAGAAAGUCUUGAGAAUUAAUUUAGAGAAUAUCUAAUUUUAAGAGAAUAUAUUUAAUUAAUUUUCUGUUGAUCCAACUCAAACUUCUUCUGGUUUGUUAUUUAUUAAUUCAUAUCGUAGUUCUAUUAUUUUAAAUAAAAUAGCAUCUAAUCAAAAUGCUGUAACAAAUUCAACAAAUACUUUUUUUACUAUAUUCUCAUAUUCCAUAAAUAUAACUAAUAUGUAGGCUUCAUUUCAUAAUCACUUAAGUAAAGAAUUUUGGAAUAAAUAUUAUGAUUUAAAUUUGUAGAAUACCGUAACAUAAUAAGAAAUUAAUUACUUAAUUCAAAAAAGUUAUUCUUUUAUUAAUUAAGGAGGUGUAAUGAAAAUAAGUGCUGAAUAUUUUACUCUCUAUAAUUCAUAAUUUUAAUAUAUUAUUGCAGAAAGUAGCACAAUAUUUAAGAUCAUUACUUAAGGGUAAGGAUUUGUAGAUAUUUUUAAAUGCAAUUUCUUAUAUGCUGAAAAUAAUUUACUUUCCAACAUAGAAAAAGAUGGAGCUCUGAAUAUUGAUUCCAGAAGCAGCCAUUUACAUAUUAAAAUUACUGAUUUAUUAUUAAUCGAAAUCCAAAAUCAACUUGGACCAUCAAUAUUUACAAUAUAUCCUUCACCUUAUAAAAAUACAAUAAUACUUUAAAAUUUUUUAAUUUAAAAUUGUUAUUCUUUAAGAAACUCCUUUUUUCAGUUAAGUUUGAAAACUACUUUUAAUGAUUAAAAUAAUAUUCUUUUUGAAAAAAUAACAAUAGUAAAUACUGCUGAAAGUUUAAUUUAAUUUCAUCAAAAAUUAAACUAUUUAGAUCUUCAAUAAUUAGAAUAAAUAAUAAAUGAUAAUGCAAUCAUCAAUAUUAUAGGAGGCAAAGUUAAAAUAACAAAAUUAUAGGUUGAAGGAAUUCUUAUUCAACCUUUAAUUAAAACCUUAGAAUGUUCUUAAAUAACGUUAACUUAAUUAUCAAUACAAAAUAUAAAAGUAUUUUUCUCUCAACCUUUAAUUCAAAUAGAAUAAAUUGGUUUAAUUUCUAAUACAAUACAAAUAACAAAUAUAGUUAUGCAAUAUAUAUAAUUGGGUGUUGUUAAGGAGUUAAUUCUUAGUUAUUUCAUGAAACCAAAUAUAUUAUAUAACUUGUAAAAAUGUAAAACUAUAAACUAUAUAUAAACAUAAAAUCAAAGUAAAGUAUCUGAAAACAUUACAAAUCUAUUUGAAUCAAUCCAAUUACUAAAUAAUCGAGAGGGAUCUCUAAUUUCUAUUAAAAGCUAUUCAAAUAGAACUAAAAUAAAUUUAUCAUCACUUAAGAUUAUUAAUAAUGAUUGCUAAAUGUGUUGGAAUGGUAUAAUUUAUUUUAAUAUGAUUGAUUUCUUAUAAAUAUAAAUUUAAGAGUUAUUUUGCAUAAAGAAUUUUGUCAAAAUGUUUGGAUGCAUUAAAACAUUUGCUGAAUAAGAAAAAAAUGGAUAAAUAUUCAUAACCAAAUCUUAUUUUUUUUAGAAUUAGGGUACUUAAGGCAUAGCUGUUUAAUCUGAGAAUGUGAAGAUAUUUAUUAGUAAAUCAAAAAUUUUCAAUAAUAAUGCAGAUUUAUAUGGAGGAGGACUAUAUUUAAAAUUGUCUUCUGAAGAUUUUAGUCUAUAUUAAACAAUUAUUAUAAAUAAUAAGGCUAGAGAAGCUGGAGGAAUUUAUUUAAAUUAAACAAGUAUUUUAAAGAAGAAUAACUUUAAUUAAUCUUUAUUACUUUUUAAUUCUGCACUAUAGUCUACAAAUAAUCUCCAAGAAUUGCCUUCUUUUUUGGAAUUAAACUUAAAUAAUAAAAAAAUGAUGUCUAUUUCAUAAAUAAUUGGUAAUAAAUAAAUCAACUCUUUAAAAUUAAAAUCAUAUAAAGUUAUUUCUUAAGGGUAAACAUUUUAUUCAAAUUUUUUAUAAAUUCCAAGUAAUUAAAAAAUUUCAUCAUAUAAAAUAUAUGAUAUUAGAUCUUUAAAAUUUUAUACUUAUAUAAAUUAAUGCUCAUUAACCUAUAAAAAUUAGUUAAAUGAAUAACUUAUUAAUUUCCAAGAUUCAUAAUGUUCAAUAAAAUAAAAAAUUUAUGAUAUUAUAACUAAUAAAGAAAUAGAGUCUUAUAAUGUUACUUAAGUUAAUUUUGACGAUGAAAACAAUUAUUUUGAUCUAAAUUCUUUAAAUUUCUCUUUUGACCCUUAUCAAUAAAACACUAAAAAAUAUGAAAUUUAGAUUGAAUGUAAAUUAGAAAAUUAGGAAAAUGAAUUACAAUAUAAUUUGUAAGUUAAAAGUUUUUUUUGUUAAUUAGGAGAAUUUUAUACUUAAAAUGGCUGUUAAAUUUGUUAAUCAAGCUAAGGAUUUUAUUCUGUAGAUUAUAAUACAACAAAAUGUUCAAUUUUUGACAAAAAUAAAUUUGAAGCAAUAACUUCGAAUUAACUCUAAUUGAAAUAAGGAUACUGGAGGCCAAAUUAUUUAUCUGAUAUAAUUGAUUUAUGUUUCAAAAAGUUAGACUUUUGUAAAGGUGGAUGGUCAGUUGGAAAUGAUCUUUGUGUUUUUGGACAUAUAGGUGGAUUUUGUGAAGAGUGUGAUAAAUAUAAUGUAAGAGGAGAUGGAUAUUUUUUUUAAAAUUAAUAGAGUUUAUAAUGUUUUGAAUGCAAAGACUUAACCAAUAGUAUUUUGCCUUUUGUUCUUACGGUUAUUUGGUAUGAAUAUAUAUAUAUAGAAUUUAUUUUAGGACUUUAUUGAUAAACCUUAUAACAUUAAGAAGCAUUUAAAAUACUAAUAAAAAAUUUAAUUAUUAUAGAAUGUUUUAAAAAUUUGGUUCGAUUCUUUUUAAGCUCAAUUUAGGUAGUAUAUAUUCAUUUGUAAAUAGAUUAUGAGAGUAUUUUACUUAAGCUAUUUUUAAAUUAUUUGUGGAUAUUCUCUUUAAUUUUUAUAUUUAAUAUAAAUCUUGCCUUUAAUUUUUUGAGUAGAACAACUGACACAUCAUAUUUUUUGGCAAGUAAUUUAGAUUGCUAACUAAUUCAAAAUUUUAAUAUUGAAUUGAUAUAUAGUCGUGUUAUGGCAAUGCUUUUCUUAAUGAUUUUGUAAGUAAUAAUAAUUUAAAUUGGAUUCAAUCUAUUUGCAAUAUUAUCAUCAAGUAAAAUUGAUUCAAGCAUAAUUUCAGUUACUAUCCUUUAUUUAUUUAUUUAAAAUUAUGCUGCUUUAAUUAGAUAGUAUUUAUUUAUCAUUAUUAUUAUCAUUAGACUUUUUUCAAUAAUAGCUUAAAGAUAAAUUUCUAAUAUAGAUUUUAUUUAAGGGGAUGUAUCAUUAUAAUAUGGUCAUGGUAAUCAUUUAUAAUGGAUAUAUUUUUUUGUAGUUCCCAUUUUAGCAUUAAUUGGAGUAAUUAUGCCUCUAACUAUACUUUUACUGUUGUACUUCAAAAGAGAUUAGAUAAAUUAAAUUAAAUUUAGAAAACAUGUUGGAUAUUUAUUUAAUGAAUAUACUUCCGUUAAUUUUUUUUGGGAAUGGAUUAAAUUAUGGAAAAAAAGCAUAAUUAUUAUAAUAUUAAUUUAAUUCGAAUCAUAUGUAAUAUUAAAUGGAAUUUUUAUAGGAAUGACUUUAGUAGUUUAUUAAUUAUUUGCUACCUACUUUUCACCUUAUGUAAAUCUAAAAUUAAAUAAAUUGGAUAUUUAAAGUGUAUAAAUUUGUUUGUUCACUAUACUUUUGGCAAUUGUUAAAUAUAUUUGCGAUUAAUAAGAAAAUGAAUUUUACUCAAAAUUUAUUUAAUCUUUGAUAAUAAUAUUAUGCAUCAGAUUAAGUAUUCCUUAUCUGUUUAACAUUUGUCGAUCUUAUUAUAAAAGAUAUAAAACUUAAUUAUGCGAAUUUUUAUUAAAAAUCUUAGAGAAUCAAAAAUUUUGUCUAAAAUUAUCAAAGAAAAUAAGCUUCAAAAUAUAAUAUUGGAAGUAAUAAGAAGAGAGAAUUAAAAAAAAUUGUUAAAAAUUGAGAAAAGUCUUUUCUUCAUAAAAAACUUUUGAAUAAUUUUAAAGGUAUCUUCAAUCACAAUUAUUAUUAGAAAAAAGAGAACUUUGACUCGUUUUUCAAGUGUAACCAGAGAUUAAUAAUUUAAUACCGAGACUGAUUGCGAAGAAUAGAUAAAAUUGGCUCUUAAAAGAAACUUAAAAUGA